GAGCGAACUGGGAAGCGCCGGCAGCGAAGGCCGCCAAGCUGGCGCUUCGGCACAUGACGGCAGCAUGCGCGCAUGCCCGCUCAGCGACCGGCUGGGCUCGGGCGGCAGGAUGUCCUCCUUCCGCCAGCUGGCGCAGUCCCCCAAGACCAGCGGCGUGGAGGACCAGGGGGAGACGACGGGGGGCAGCGGUGGCCGCUCCGGUGGCGAGCAGGGGCCGCCUUCCAAGGAGGCCCGCUCCUCCUCCUGCACCAUCACCACCAACCGCCAGGGGCAGCAGGCGCUUGGGGACAGUUGUGUGCUGUCUGCGGAGCACAGGUUCACGCCCGGGGGAUCGAUCCAGUCAUCGCUGCAGGACACUCAGGACAACUCGCUCGGCACCUCAACGCAGUUUGGCGUCAGCCUCAAUCAAGACCUGCAGAACGUGCUAUCGCCGCGUUAAUUCACUUGAUAGCAUGAGUAAGGGCGCUUCAGAAGUCUGGCAAUUGCUGUGGCCGAAGUGAGGCUGCUCUCAGCGCAGAUCCAAGUUUUUAAAAGCAGCAGCGGGAGCCGAUUUGUGCUGCCGUCUUUUGGUGGUAUCGGGAUCUUGGGCAAGGCUCUGUUGUGCAAGUGGUGGCAUUCCAUGGAGUUGCGUUAUGGGUGGGCAUGGCGUGGCAGAGGGACGAAGGGUAGCAAGGCAAGGGGAUGAGCAUGGUUGUCUCAAAGUUGGUUGGAAGUUCUGGGAGCACCGAGGCAGCCAAGAGUUUUGAGUCUGGUCGUUUGAGUAUUGUCCGCAUCUGCAUGUCUCUGCCGUAUUGCCGUCCCUGCUCUUGCUCUAUGUGUUAUUCUCAGGAACACGUUCCGUGCAGUGCCCGUCAAUUUAAUUUCUCUUUUUGUGUGGGUCCUUGCCACGCCAGCUGCAAUAGUCAUCACAAGGCGCUUUUGUGAGGGAGGUUAGCGUAUGGAAGGCGCAGGUAUUAUUGGAUUUGUACAAAAAAAAGGUUGGUUGCAGUGGAUUGCUGGCAGGGAAUUUCUCUGGUCUGCGAAGCUUCCAGCAGUAUGGUUGCUGUGGGAUUGUGGCGAUCACUAUUCUUUUCUUUGAGGCGGAAGUUGUGCGGCCGUGUACGAUACAGGGCCCCCCCUUGAGACAUGAGGAUCUCCAACGCAGAAAAGGGCACUAUGACAUACAGACUCUGAUCUCAGAUGCACUUCUGCACAAGGCCCAAUUACCCACGCUACUAUUUGAGAGCACAAGAACGGUAGUGAGCCUUGAACAUGAGUUUCUGUAUUAAGUGGCCCAACAGUGCAGUGCAUUGGACUGUCACCUUUUGCUUUGUGUUUGUUUUCUGCAUCCCCCCUCUGUCAUUGAAGCAGCCAUAGGCCCAGUGGAGCGCUCAGCGUUAAAGGCUGGGGUGUGCAUUCCGAUGGUAUGGUUGAAUCUGUUUGAUCUAGUUGAGAGCUGAUCAGGCCUGCAUGUUGGCACAAGCUAAUCAGAGAGCUCACAGGGCCUCAUGAAAUAUAAUGAGGUUAUGUUUCAUGAGGAGUUUGCAUACCGGGCAGCAUGCUCAGGACAAAUCCUGAUUGGCAGGAGGUUGCGGGGAGGGGUUUUUGUUGCGUGAAGGAUUUGCAAAUCGGAUUUGCCGCUUGGAAAGUUGUGAUUGGUGGGUUGAUAAGGUUGGCUCGUGUCACAAUCAGACCCAUAUAUGCUGUCUUCCAGUCUCAUGAGCGAUAAGUUAUGAAUGUGACUAGCUAGCGCACAUAUGUUGACAGUGAGCAGUCUUGCUGGCGGUAUUGCAAGACAAAGUGUGAUGGUCCUCCCAUCGCAUGAUGUAGUUGGUGUCACCGGAGACUUUUAUUUGCUUUGUGUCAACAAGUUCUAUAGAUCUGGAACUUAUAUGAUCUCUAUAUCUAGACCAUGAGUGGUACUGGUCGCUUGGAUUGCUUUGGGGCCAAUAGACUACUCACAUGGUGUAAGUUAAUUUUGUUCAAUG